UCGACCCGUGGCGCUUCUAAGCAGCGUCGAGACCAGAUCAAUGUCGAAAUCCAACGGCUUCGAGAUCUUUUGCCGUUGUCGGAGUCGAUCAAAGACCGGCUGUUUCAGCUUCCAAUCCUGAGAACGAUAGCAGAGAAUAGCGUGCCGUUGCCGAAGGGACUGGACUCAUGCAAGGCGCUGAGGGGAUUUCUUAUCAUGCUGAACAGAAGUGGCAAGUUACUACACGUGUCCGACAAUGCCAGCGAAUACCUUGGACAUUCAAUAGAGGAAAUCAUGUGCCAAGGCGAUUCCAUCUUCGAUUUGGUUGAUUCUCGUGACCAUCCUACCAUUCACAAUGAGUUGAAUAGUGGACCUCAACCGACCACCUCGUUUCCUGAAGAACGAGUCUUCCUCUGUCGUCUGAAUCUGGCCAGAACUGCAAAACUUCAUUCUCCUUCAAGGACGAUAUAUUCAUCCAGCGGAAUCUUCCAAGCUAUCGCUAACACUCCGGAAGCGACUCAGCCGAUAUUCGCCGCUUAUUGCCAGCCGGUGAUCAAUCCGGAAAAUGCCGAAACGCUGUCCAUGGGCAACACUGACGUGUUCAGCAGUCAGCAUUUUCUCGACAUGACAUUCAAAGAAGUCGAUCACAUGUGUGCCCAUCAUCUUGGAUACCAUCGGGAAGAGUUGCGAGGACAAAUAUGUCAAGAGAAGGAAGGCUCAGUGCUGGCUCUUAUCAAAAUGCGGUCGUCUGAUGGCGAAUGGCUGUGGAUGCACACGGUGUUUGCAGUUCGUGGUAACCUGUGUCAUGAAGUCCAAGAAGGUCGACGAGUCCGACACGUCAUUCACUGCUAUUAUCAGUCCUUGAGUGGGAUAGAAGCGGCUGCUCUGCAAGCAAACGCUUGGAUCUACAACAUUCGUCACACGUAUCCGGCCGCGUUUCCUUGUCAAGGCUCACCAACACCGGCUAGUUCACUUUUCCUCUUACUGAACGGGAACAGAUCCCUAGCUAAGAUCCGGGCAGAUCGCUCACUUUCGCCUAUAUCACCUUUUCCUGCCGAGUCGUCCUUUCCUCAAUCAAUUGAUCAACUCGUUCCGUUCAUCAAGCAAGAGCCGUUCACUCAAAUGACGAUGAUUCCAGCUUAUGGCAAUUGCGCCCAAAUCAAAGUCGAAAUCCCGAUGAAAACCAUGCCACACAUUUCGAUGUUCACACCGGAAAGCUCGUCGCCGGAGUCAUCCGCGUCGCUUACCUCAGCCCUCUUUGCUCAACCAUUUUUCUCCGGACCGGGAGGAUCCAAUGAGUCUGCGAUGGCAAUGGAGGAUUUCAACUGCAUCCUGCCUUUGACACUCAAAGGAACCCUGCCUGAUCUCCGCGAUGGGCUCGAUGACUUCUUCAGAGAGGUGGAACAACCGGCCGAGAAUGCCCGCGCCUCUACAGCUGCUCCAAUAACAUCGGCCACCGCUUCGUCUUACUCUCCCGAGCAAGCCACCGAUCUCUUCAAGUACCUUGGUCCGGCUCUUUUCGGUGGCCCUUCAGCUCAGACCAUGGAGUCACUUCGAGUGACAAACUCGCUUCCGAACGGCGUUCAUUGUGCGCGGAAACGUAGCUGGGUGGUG